UGGUGAAUGUGCCACAGCAGUCAGCUGAUCCACUCACAUGACUGCCCCUUAUAGUUUCGUGCAGGUCCUGUUUACCGGGUGACGUGAAAGUUGUUCCAUAUGAUCUCUUUUUCACACGGAUACAUCACGUUAAAGUUAUUUUAAGGAACCGCACAGAGCAGAUGAGCAGAAGAUAUCGGGAAAAGCGGAAAAAAACAAUAUGUUUCUAAAAGCACAACGAGGAGCGGUCUAAAGGUGUUAGCCACAAAGCUGCAGCGUUGUUGGUUAUUUUCUUUUCACUUCCUCAAGGAGUCUGCAAACAUCGUUCAAAAUGAGUCCAGAGGGGAAGAGGCUGUUAAACAUAGUUAUCCUGGGCUUCGGCUUUAUGUUCAUGUUCACCGCCUUUCAAACAUGCGGCAAUAUAGAGCAAACAGUUCUUAAGAGCUACAAUAACACAGAGUUCCAUGGCAGCGGAUACACCAGCAUGGCCAUCAUCUAUGGCGUCUUCUCUGCGUCCAACAUGAUCGCCCCCUCAGUGGUGACUGUCAUUGGACCGCAGCUGUCCAUGUUUUUCAGUGGGCUUCUGUACAGCGGCUACAUCGCUAUGUUCAUCCACCCGUACACAUGGAGCUUCUAUACAGCCUCUGUGUUGGUGGGAAUAGGAGCAGCAGUCUUGUGGACAGCUCAGGGAAAUGUGCUGGCCAUCAACUCCACUGAUAAAACCAUUGGAAGGAAUAGUGGCAUAUUCUGGGCACUGCUGCAGUUCAGCUUGUUCUUUGGAAAUCUCUACAUUUACUGCGCCUGGCAUGGACACGUUCACAUAACCGACAAAGACCGUCAGACGGUGUUCAUCUCCCUCACGGUGAUCAGUCUGGUGGGCUGCUUCCUCUUCUUUCUGAUCCGGAAGCCUGAUCCUGAACCGGUUACCUCUGAGGUGGAGGAGUCGCUGCUGAACGCCGAAUCCACAGAGAGCUGCUCCACGGCCAGCUCAGCUCGUCCAGGCCUCUGGUCACAAGCUCUGGAUGCUUUUGUGAAAGCGUUUAAAAUGUUUGCUACCAAAGAGAUGAUGCUGCUGAGCGUCUCCAUAGGAUACACAGGCCUGGAGCUCACGUUCUACAGCGGAGUGUACGGGACCUGUAUUGGAGCCAUGACGAGGUUUGGCCAGGAUGCUAAGAGUCUGAUCGGCCUCUCCGGCAUCUGCAUCGGCAUCGGAGAAAUCUUAGGAGGAGGCGUGUUCGGGAUGAUGAAUAAGUGCAGCCGGUUCGGGAGGAACCCGGUGGUUCUGCUCGGCCUCAUCACUCAUUACGUGGCCUUCUACCUCAUCUACCUCAACAUCGCCAGCGACGCUCCGAUCGCUCCAGAGGAAGGGACGGACCUGCAGGCCUUCAUCACCCCCAGCGUGGGCGUGGCUCUGCUCUGCAGCUUCCUGCUCGGUUUGGGCGACAGCUGCUUCAACACGCAGCUGCUCAGCAUCAUCGGCUUCACGUUCCACGACAACAGCGCUCCGGCCUUCGCCGUCUUCAAGUUCAUACAGUCCAUCAUGGCCGCUCUGGCCUUCUUCUACAGUAACUACCUGCUGCUGCACUGGCAGCUGCUCAUCCUGGUAGUGGCGGGCUUCCUGGGCACCAUCACCUUCUUCCUGGCCGAGUGGAGGGCCGAGUCCAGCAGGAGAGCGUCGGACUACGACAGCAUCUGA